UUUACUUUCAUUCGACCAAUGACAAAGAAGAAAGUUGGUCAUCCGUAACUUUCUUGACAGGGUAAAGGUUAAUGCCAAUGUCGAAUAAAUGAAAGUUUUAAUAUUUUAUUUCAAAGAAAAUAAAAAUAGGUAGAACUGUUUUUUUGUGAUAAUAAUGACGUAUUAAAUUAUAGUCUUUAUUGUAUAUUUGAAAUCAGUAAUGACCUAAUUUUAUUAAUAUAUUAUCUAAAGUUUUUGUUAUUUUCAAAAUGUUGAGAAUUAAGUUGCGUCCUUUGUUGAAAUAUUCUAUUCUAACUAGCAUUAUCGGAGGUACGGCAGUAAGUUUAAAAACGAAUCAAUAUCAUUUAGAUUCAAUAGGAAUUGUAAGGUUAAGUAGGGCAGCUUGUACAGUUUUCCAAAUAGGAGUGAUUUACAAAAAAGACCUUUACGGCAAACGUUUAGAUACAAAUAGCGAGGAAUAUAAAAUUGUAAAGUCGCAAUGUCACAAGAGAAGUGCUGAAAAACUGUUAGAUUUAUGCUGUACAAAUAAAGGAGUUUACAUUAAAGUAGGACAACAUCUCGCCGCUUUGGAAUAUUUACUGCCAGUGGAAUAUGUGGAAACGAUGCGAGUCCUCCAUUCUCACGCCCCUACAAACUCCAUAGAAGAUGUAUAUAAAGUUAUCAGAGAAGAUCUCAAAAAAGAUCCUUUCGAGAUUUUCGAAUCGAUAGAACCUCAGCCCCUUGGCACGGCGUCUCUGGCACAAGUUCACAAAGCUAAAUUGAAAGAUGGUACUACUGUAGCAGUGAAAGUACAACAUCCCUACGUACAAGGAAAUUCCAAAGUCGAUAUGAAAACCAUGGAAUAUCUCGUUAAAAUAAUGGGCGUCGUCUUCCCCGAAUUCAAAUUUAAAUGGCUGGUGGACGAAUCCAAGAAAAACAUACCCCAAGAGUUGAAUUUCUCCCAAGAAGGGAGGAAUGCCGAAAAAAUCGCAAAGUUAUUCGAGAAUGUCGAUUGGUUGAAAAUUCCAAGAAUAAGAUGGGAAUUAACUACAAAAAGAGUCUUAACUAUGGACUUUGUAGAAGGUGGUCAAGUAAACGAUUUGAAAUAUAUCAAAGAAAAUAAUAUCGAUCCAUGUGAAGUUUCAGAUAAAUUAGGUCAAUUAUAUUCGAAAAUGAUAUUCAUCCACGGUUUCGUUCACAGCGAUCCUCAUCCUGGUAAUAUUCUCGUUAAAAAAUCAGGAAAAGGACAUUGUGAUAUCGUCUUAUUAGAUCACGGAUUAUACGCUGAUUUGAAGGAAGAAAUACGAAUUGAAUAUUCGAAUUUGUGGUUGAGUAUACUAAACAGAGACCAUAAUGGCAUGAGAAAACACAGUAAAAAUUUGGGUAUCGAAGGAAACGCUUACGGUUUAUUUGCUUGUAUGGUGACCGGAAGAUCUUGGAACAGUAUCGAGAAAGGCAUAGACAAGGAGCAGAUGUCGAAGGAGGAGAGAAAUUUUUUGAAACAAAAUUUUACUGGUAUACUUCCGCAGAUUUCGGAAGUUUUGCAAAACGUCAACCCGCAGCUGUUGUUGAUAUUGAAGACGAACGAUCUUAUGAGGGGUAUAGAGCACGCUCUAAAAACCGGGGAUAGGAUGGGGGCGUUUAGGGUGAUGUCCGAAUGUUGCGUCAAGUCCGUGUAUAAUAUGCGGUAUGUGAAAACUGAAAAAAAAUUUGACAGAUUGAAAAUUUCUCUGGCGGAAUUUUGGGCACUGUUCAAAAUCAAUUUAUACUACGCUUAUCUCAAUUUCAAAAUGAAAUCUUUCAAUUUACUAUUUUGACGAUUUUACAAUUUAUUUGUUUAGUAAAAUUAAGAUAAAUUAUUUUUUUGAAAAUUAUUUAUUCACAAAUUAUUUCCUCAUCGUACAAUCGGUAAAUUUCUUACAACCCUCGUAGUAUUAUCCAUAUUGUUAACUCUCUAUACUGUCUAUAUUAAUAACGAGAUUUUUCUAUAUAAGUGGCAACGCCGUAAUCUUAAAUUUACAAACUCUGUUGUAUUGUAAGUACGGUGUUGCCAAACGUAAUUUAUCAUCCCAAAUCUAAGGCAAUUGUAUUAGUGUCGAUUUUUUUUGUAUGUAUGGGGAAAAAUGGGCAUAAAUGUUUUAUUUUUUUGUAUAAAACGUUGUUUUUUGAAUCGUUUCUUACAAAUUAGAGAUGAAAUUUAAAGGAAACUUCUUUUUUUAAUUUGUUUAAUAUAACUUUAAAUUAUUUGUUAUUCUAUAUCCGUUAUUAAUUAUAUAUUUUUAUCUAAAA